AUGGUCCUCCCCGAAGCCGACAUCUCCGCCACCCCCAUUGACGAUGGCUCUUUCGUCCCUUCCCAGCCCCAAAAGAAAGACCCAAAUGACCGCUCAUUCCAGCCCAACUCGCCCAAACUUGUCAUCUUCGACCAGCGCUCUGGCGAGAAGGAGACUAUCGACUUGGGCAAGGCGUCGAGCAUCAUGACUAUGGAAGAUUACCGCACUCUCACGAGAAAGUGUACUGAGAGGGGUAUGUUUGGGGGAUUGGUCGGGGGUGGAAUCUUGACGUAUCUGGUGAAGCGAUUUAAACCAACACCUCCUUCUCGAAACGCCCUUGCACUUACCUUCUUUCUGUCCGCCUCCUUCUUUUCCUUCUCAUCUUCUCGAGCUCUGCUCGUCUCUGAGAUCCUCAAGAUCCGCGAGAAAGCUCGCGCAAUGGCCAUACAAAACGGCGAUAUCCCAGACCCUGCCGAGAACUUGUGGGGGAGUGACGAUCCCAAUGUGGCAGGGGCACGAGGUAUGGGCGAUUCACCGAGGAACCUACCGCCGAUCCCCCAAGCAACUGCCCCUGAUCCAAGUCUUGUCGGCAGUCCAGGACCGAGGGGGUACGCCACAGGACAAUCUGGGAGACCGUCUGGCGCAGUACGCGAGGAGCUUGCCCGGGCUAGAUUGGGCGCCUCGCCAGAUCGAGCCAAGUGGGCUCAAGAGAGGAAUCAGCCAAGGGAACAGUUUGAAGGGGAUGUGCCGGGACCGGGGGAGGGUGAGAUGGUCGACCCUUAUGCUUCGUUAGGCGCAACGAGAUAG